AUGAAUAAGCUGAAAAAAUUACAAUUCGACACACUUUUGGAAUAUCUAGGAAUCUGUGAAGCUAUUUCAUCAGACCAUAUGGCAAAAGAUUAUUGUAUGGAUUUUAUACUUAAAAUGGAAGGAUUACACGAAAUGCUUAGAGCAAAGCUUAAAAAUGCGCCUAUGGAAAAGGACAAAACUGAGGCUGAUCAUAAAUUGUCUGAUGUUGAAAAGGAAACUUUUGAUAAAAUUAUUGAAAAUACAAAAUCACCAAAACAAGAAAAUGCUAACUUUAUUCAUUAUAUUUAUAAUGCGCUUAGAAAUGCUUCGAUUGAUCAUGUGAACGAUUUUGAAAAUUUCUGGCAAAAAGAACAUAAGGAUUGA